GGUGUGGUGUCGGUGAGCUUCGAAGAGGACGAAGAUGGCAAUUUAUGCCUAAUAGCCUAUCCCUUAAACCGGGACCAAGACAACCUAGAAAACGUAGACUUUUCAGACUGCAGUGAGCCAAAAAGUAAAGUGCUCAGGUGGUCUAACAAGAAGGCCCUUCUUCUUGAGAACGACAACCUUACCAAGGAAAGAGUUCGACAGCACCGUAAGGAGGAAAAAAUCAAGAGCCACAUGCUGGAAGAAGAGUUUGAAUGGUUAAAGAAAUCUGAAGUCUUAUAUUAUAGUGUGGAGAAGAAAGGGAAUGUUAGUUCACAAUUUAAGCACAAUCCUUGGAGUAUGAAAUGUCACCAGCAACAGCUCCAGCGAAUGAAGGAAAACGCCAAACACAGGAACCAAUACAAAUUCAUCUUAUUGGAAAACCUGACAUGUCGGUAUCAAGUGCCAUGCGUUCUCGACCUGAAGAUGGGCACGCGGCAGCACGGGGACGACGCAUCGGAGGAGAAGAAAGCAAACCAGAUCCAGAAGUGUCAGCAAAGCACAUCUGCAAUAAUCGGGGUCCGUGUUUGUGGGAUGCAGGUCUAUCAAGCCGGUACGGGGCAACUAAUGUUUAUGAACAAAUACCACGGCAGGAAGCUUUCGGUUCAGGGUUUUAAAGAAGCACUUUACCAGUUUUUUCACAACGGCAAAAACCUUCGCCGGGAACUGAUUGACCCUGUCCUUAAAAAACUGACAGAACUCAAAAUGGUUUUAGAAAAACAGGAGUCUUACCGGUUUUAUUCCAGCUCCCUUCUCAUCAUCUACGAUGGGAAGGAGUUACAGGAAGUGUCCAUGGACUCAGACCCCGAAGAUCUGGAGGACCUCUCCGAGGAGUCUUCGGAUGAAUCGGCAGGAGCCUACGCCUACAAACCUUCUAGUAAUAAACACAGCGUCGGCACGGCCGACGUGCGGAUGAUAGACUUUGCUCACACCACCUGCAAAUUUUACAGGGAAGACAGCGUCGUACACGAAGGCCAGGACACCGGCUACAUUUUCGGACUCCAAAAUUUAAUAGCCAUUAUUAAAGAAAUAAGAGACGAAAACGGAGAAUAA